CGAAUGCAGGUGGUGAUCAAACGAUCACGAUGCCCACCAACAUGCUGGUGCUGAAUGGUACACGAUCGAGUGACGAUCUCGGCAUCGUGCGCUACAGCUGGACCCGAGAGCCCAGCAGUCUUGCGAUCGGUACCAUAAUCGAUGACAGCGAUAAGAAACCAGUGCUAAUGUUAACGAACAUUGUUACCGGACGAUACGUCUUCAAAUUGACGGUACACGAUGGACAAGGUUUAUCUGCUUCGGACACGGUCAGCAUCAUUGUGAGGCCAGAUCCUUUGCUGAUGAACCUGGUCGAGGUGACGAUAACUACUGAAGCGACCGUACUAACAGCAACCGAGUUGGAUUCGAUCGAGCAAAAGUUAGCUCUGCUUAUCGGGGAUAACAUGGCCAAGGUACAGGUUCGGGAGCUUAAAGUGGAACCCAGAACCGGCCAGGUGGUCAUAGUAUUUUUUGUCGAGCGAAAGACGGGCCUUGAGGAUAAGGACAAGGUGGAAGUGAUACCAGCGCUGGAAGUGGAGCGAAUAUUGAAGGAAAAAUUUUGGCGUGACUACACCAUACUCGGUACGUCGGUGGUGGGCAUCCGCACUACGGUUUGCCAGAACGAUUGCUCUGGUCACGGUGUUUGCAAUGCGGAAACACGGGAGUGUAUUUGCCAGAGUUUCUGGAUGCCCGAUAUCUUUUAUUUUUGGGGUAUCGCCGAAGCUAAUUGUGACUGGUCCAUAUUGUAUGUAAUUGUUGGCGUGCUGAUAGUAUUCUUUGUGCUGUCCGGCAUUUGUUGGGGUAUCACUUGCCUUUGUCGGCGCACGCCGAAACCGCGUACCAGACCCAAACCGCAAAAGUAUUCCUUGCUGCAAACCAACGAUGAGGAACUACCUUCAUUCAAUCGUGCGGGACCUAACAACUCGGACACCGAGACCGACUCGGAUGUGCUGUUCGAGAGCCGCUCUCAACGGCAUAAUGGGCUGCUACCGGUUGGACGAAACGGAGGCAUACCUAACGGCGAGCUACGGAACGGUGGCAACGGUACCGGCCACCCCAAGUACGGUGUAACACGCCUUGGACGACGCAUAAAGGCUUGAAAGGAUCCACGGCGCGUUCGUCAUUCCCUAGUCUGAGAAUUAUAAUACACAUAACACACACCCACGUACAUACGUUCCUAUCAGCUUGCAGUGAUUUACCACUAAUCGAUCGAUGUAUUAGAAUUAAUCUAUUUUCUAUGCGACAAAACGAAUGCUUCAGUGAAACGAGAUUUGUUUUUAAAUUAAUUUUUAAUGAGCGUGGCACCACGUGAAACGUGAUUCUGGUCAAAGUAUUCAGUCAUUCCAACGCACAGAUCACAUAAACCCACACCAUAUUAGUCAGUGAUAAUAUACUUCUCCGAUAACGAUUGUGAUUCAAAUGCCAUCGAACAGAGAAAGAGAGAUAGAGAAAGAGAGAGAGGACAUACAUUUCUGAUUCUUGCGAUUUUGGUGCGUUAUAAUUUAGGCAUUAACAGCAUCCUUCAUCAGUAAUGAGUUGCACACCCGGGGAAUGAAGAAAGUAGCCAGUAGCGUAGAGUGUACUUAUGAAACUAGUGUCGCCAGAGGAAUGCACGGCACCACACAGCACGCGAGCCCUUACUAUUCUUAACAAUAUCGACCGAUACCGACACGGACGGCGGGCUGUGAGAAAAAAGAAUCGGUGCUCGUCGACAGUAUGACCAAAUUUGCGAUCGAUCCGCACUGUGAGCCAUGUGCAAUGCAUACUAAAUAAGCUCCUGAUCGGGGACUAGGAUGCACCAGUAUUAGAAGGAAAGGAUGUGCGUGUACCGUUGUUGUUGUAAUCUACGAUGAUGGGCCAGACAUGGAGCAUAUAAAAGGUAUCCUCAUUUUUUACCUCUCGGAGUGCGAUUUUUUCGAUUCUGAUCUUGCCACAGGAACAAAACGAGCGGAAGAACACGUGCGCACUAGUCGUAAGGUGAGGUUGUACUGAGUAAAGUGAAACGAUGAGAAAAAUGUAACAAAUCAAAUCAUGAAUAAACCAGCGCUGAGAGGGUUUUGCAUGCC